AUUUUUAACAUGAAUGUUUAGACCACGAUGGGCCUUGAGAGAUGACUGAAAAUGGAACCCUGCUCGAAACAUUUCAAGAGGCCGGAGGGCACCCAACUUUUCUCAAAGGUUUCCGUUACCCCCCUGGCGAGGUGAAUAUUAAGGUGGAAGGGGGAAAGCAAACCCUGCAAGUUUUUUGCAAACCUAUCCUGCACAGAAGAGGAGGUGAUCACCAACAAAUCAAGAGAUUUAAAUACUCUCGUAAUUCAAGCCAGGAUGGAUAUUCUCCAAGGAGCGGGGAUAUUUCCAAUGAUAGCGGGAUAUUUAAUGAUAAUUCAGAGAGAAAUUCUUCUCUUCUACUGGAUUCAUUGGGUCGGACUUAUCCAUCCUCAAACAAAAGCUCUAGACUUGAAGUUCUGUCUGAUUUGCCUGAGGUCCAUGGUAUGUCUACCGCCAAGAGAAAAACAAGAACAAAACGAAAACCAAUCCCAAUCCAAUAUUCCGGAGAGCGGCAGAACAAGAACCAGGAUUCUCAUUGGAGUGCUAGACGCAUGGUGCAGCUGUCGAGAGAAAACAGAGAACUUGAGGAAAACCUGCUUCAAAUCCAGAAUCAGUUGUUAACUCUAGACAAGGUCUACACCCAGUUAAAACUAAAUAAGACCUUAAUGUCGGAGCAGUGCGAAGAGGAACACUCUAAAGAAUUAGAAAAUGCACUAAGAGUAAAAAACAAUUUGAACGCCGAAUUAGAGAUUGCUCUGAGAGCCAGGGAUUGGUAUCAAUUGCAAAUGAAAGAGCUAAGAACAAGUUGCAAUGAACUAGCUAGUCAGCUUGUCCUAUCUAAAGAGGACAGUUUGAAUUGGAAAUCCCAAUAUGAAUCUGUAUCUUUUAAACUGAGAGAAACUGAAGAAAAACUUAGAGAUGAUCGAGUGAAGUUUUUGAGGGACAAACAAAAAAUAAUUACAAGGCUUGAAUCCUUUGAAGCUAGUCUAGAAACCUCUGAGGCCAAUGUAUCUGAGUAUGACCCAACCCUAGAACUUGUUGCUCUGACCGCUAAACUCAACUUGAAGGAUGGAAUGCUAAACAAUCAGGGGAAGAGAAUUCAAGAUUUGGAGUCAGAAAUACAAACCCUUCGCAAUCUUUGUCAAAGUUUAGAGGCAAGUGCCGGUGUCAAACAACUCUGUAGGUUAUCUGAUUCACCCAAGAAGAAGAAUCAAGAAUCAAAUCAUCUGGAAAAAUCCUUCAAAGAUUUUACAGAAAAAACAAAACUUGACAGUUCAAGCGAAACAGAUAAAAUUUAUAACACAGAAUCGUUAGCAUUAUUAGAACAAACUAUAGAAAAACGAACUAAAGAAUUAGGCAUUUUAGAAACAGAUAUUGAAAACUAUACUGCUCAACUCAUUCGCAUUCAUUCAGACAUAGAUAAAAAAUUUACAACAAUUGACCAAAUUCAUACGGAGAUUGAUGAUAAGAAAUCUGCCCUGAAAGCCUUGAAAUCUGAUUUUGAAUCCCGGAACACGGAACUCUCUGAUUUAGUGAUGACUAUAAAAACAAGAAACGAAGAUCUACAAACAAUUAAUUUGACUUUUGUGCAGAACUCUGAAAAUUUUGAAAGUAAGCUGCUUGAGCUCAACCAACUCUGCGCUGAAAUUAAAAAUAAACAAGAUAUACUUGAUAAACUAGAAAAGACACUAGAAGUAAAAUCUUCCCUGCUUGAAAACUUAGAACUUAAAUUAUCGAAUCCAGAUAAAUUUGUUUUUGAAACGCCCAUUAAUAGCCAAGAAGAAGAGUGUCCCAAGGACAAAGAAACCUUAGGAAGCCUGAAAAACGUAGAUAACAAUGAAGACGAAUGUUCCAGUAUUGAAACCAACAGUGUGACGCACGAUCCUGAUUUUAAGCUACAGAACAAUGAACUCCUGAGUAGAGAUGAGUACAACAAGAACUGCGAGCACAAGGAGCAGCUGCUGGUGAAGAUAGAGAAUGUGGAGCAGAAGCUGAAGAUUGACGAGCUGGAGAGAACCUUGAGGGAGUCAAUCAACAUCAUGGCGGAUAUGAACAUGGAGAACGACCAGCUAAGGUCCAAGGUUUUUAACUUGGAAGAGAAAACAGUUGAGGUCAAGGACGACAAUGUUGAAGAAAAUGAGAAUGAUUCAGAAGAGGUAAAAGAAGACUCUGAAAAAAUGACAUAUAAAGAACUUGAAGAAGAGGUGAUUAAAGUUAGGCUUAUAUGUGGAAGGAUAGAGGAGGAAAAAACAAAGAUCUUGUUGAAUUUAACAGUAUUAGAACAAGAAAAAUAUGAACUUGAGACUAAAUAUAGAAUGGUAAAGGAAACAGAGGAGAAAAAGAACAAGGAAUUGACAGAUUCGGAGACUAAAUCUGAACUAGUAGAAGAGGAAAAUAAUGAAUUAAAGUUAAAAUGCGUCAGUUAUGAAAAAUAUUUAGCAAAGAUGACCGAGGAGAUGGAAGAAUUGAAGAUUAACUUAACAGACAAGGAUGAAGAGAAAAAACACCUAAUCAAGAUGAAAGAAGAACUUGUGAUGAAAACUACGAAUCUAGAACAGGAAAAAAUAGAAAUGUUGACAACUCAAGAAAUGAGAAAGAAGGAGAAUGAAGAAAUCAAGAAGAAAUAUUUGAAAAUGGAAAAGGACAAAGAGGAAAUAAAGACAAAUCUGACGCAAUUGAAAGAGAAAGAACUUAAAAUAUCUUCAGUUGAAGAAGACAUGAAAAAUAUGGAGAAAAAAUAUGAAGAGCUGAAGAUUUCAUAUUUUGACUUAGAGAAGGAUAGAAUGGAGAUUAAAGCAGAUCAAGUUUGUUUGAAAUCUGAACACGAAAGAAUGAAGAAUGAGUGCUUGGAUUCAGAUAAACAGAAACAGAAAAUUAAAAAUCAAUAUGAUCUUUUGCACACAGAGUUGGAUCUAAGACAGAAUCAGAUUAGUAGUUUAGAUGUAGAAAAUAAAGUCAUUAAAAACCAUCUAACCCAACUCAAGGAAGAAAAUGAGGGGUUAAAAUUAGAGUUGGCAAGACUUGAACAAAUGAGAAUUAGUUGUGAAACCAUUUUUAAAGAUACUGAGUUAGAGAAGGUUGAACUUGAGAGCGUACUAGCUCAGCUAAAUACUGUACAUAAUAGCAUUCAAAACGGGGCUUGCAAGGAAUCGGAAACAAAUUUGAAACUUAAGAAUCUGGAACAAGAAAUGGAGAAGUAUGAAAACUUGGAACAGGAACUGGAGAAGUAUAAAAACUUGGAACAGGAACUGGAGAAGUAUAAAAACUUGGAACAGGAACUAGAGAAGUAUAAAAACUUGGAACAGGAACUAGAGAAGUAUAAAAACCAGGAACAGGAACUGGAGAAAUUUAGGAACCUGGAACAGGAACUGAAGAAGUAUAAAAACCUAGAGCAGGAACUGGAGAAAUUUAGGAACCUUGAACAGGAACUGAAGAAGUAUAAAAACCUAGAACAGGAACUGGAGAAAUUUAGGAGCUUGGAACAUGAAUUAGGGGACGAACUAGAAACGCUGAAGUCCGAAUUUAAAACAAAAACCGAAGAAUUACAAAAAUCCACCUUAGAACUUAAAUCUUGUUUGUCAGAAAAUAUCCUUCUACAAAACCAGAUAGUGAUGCUACAAACCAAAGAGAAAGAAUUAUUAGAGCUUGUUGAAAACAAAGCAGAGAUUAUAAAAGAACUAGAAAAGUCUGCAGAAUGUUUAAAAAAAGAAUUAACCAAAAUGUCUGCUGAAUCUAGAGAGCAGAUUUUAGUUUUAGAACAAGAAAAAAUCCAGUUUUAUACAGAACUUGAAGUAUGUGUCGAACAGAGUUCUCGGUUAAAGUUAGACCAGGAAAAUGUUAAAGAAUUAAUGGAAAAUAUGAAAUUAGAAAUCAACUUAUCUUUCAAUAAAUUAACUGCGGAGAAUGAGAAGUUGAAAGCAGAACUGUCCAAUCUUAUCUCAAGGAUUGGAUCAGAGCAGAGAGAGAAGAAUCUAAUAAUCACCAGUCUACACCAGGACCUGGAGAACUUAAGAGCUCAAGAGAAGAGUUUAGAACAGGGGCGGAUACUGCUCCAGGACCAGGUGGAUCAGGCAAGGAGUAGUCUAGUACAAGAGAAGGCUAAUGUUGCACUUCUACAGAGAGAAAUCAGCCAGGUUCAGUUUAAGUUGAGUGAGGAGGAGAGAUUGACCAGCUCCCAUAUCUCUAGUCUAGAGUCUAGACUGGAGAUCCUGCAUCAGGAACGGGACGGAUUGAGAACAGAGAGAUCAAACCAUGUUUUUCAACUCAAACAAAUGAACAGAGCUCUUAGAUCUAGUCUUGCGCAUAUAAGGAGCUUGAGAUGUGUGCUGGAAGGAGUAGUACCACUCCCUAGCCUAGAGGAGAGGAGUAUAUUAAACCUCUUGGAUACUAAGUCUAGAAGUAGUAAACUCAGGGACCUGCAACUCUGUAUCUCCAGCCUAAGGGACGAAGUGAAGGAUCUGAAUAGUGAACUAGGUUCUCGAUCCUCAACUCCUCUUAACACAGGAAAUAAGGGAGCUGGAAGAAUUAGUCCGUUUCUCCUCUCUUCAGAUUCAUCUUUAACUACUCCCUCCCUCAAUACCUCUCCUCUACCCUUUCCUCCCUCCAUCUCUACAUCACCUGCAUCACUCUCCCUCGGCGGAUCCGCCCUCUCCUCUCCAAACCACGCCCAUUUUUAACAAUUCUUUGAAAGUCAAAAAUGAGACUCAUAAAACUGUAGAAAAUGAAAAUGACAUUUAAGCAAUCGUAUUUUGGUUUGAUGUCGUUUUAAUGCUAAUAGUUUCACCAAUCAAACUUUUGAAGUGAAACGGGUCUGUGUACACUGCACAAUGUCUGUGUGAGCCCCUCUGUAAUAUGCGUGUUUGAAUUAGGCGUCGGUUUAAUUAUGCAUUUAAUUAUGGAAGAUGCAUUAGGAUUAGGGGUUCAAGCGAGAAAGAAAAAUCGUAUCGCGAAAAAAAGUUCGACGAAAAUUUCGUUUCAAAGAUUCUUUCUUGUAAUUGGCUGGCUAAUGGCUAGCUGAAUUUAGAUGAACGUACAUGGAAGGACAGAAACUUAAUAAAAUAGUUAGAGAAAUCAAAUUCACUUUAUCAAACAUUUAUUAAAGUAAAUAAUCUAGCUUCUCCACAACAUUAUUAAUAUGAUAGUUUCAAGUUUAAUAAAACUUGAAAUGUUGAGCUCUCAGAGCAGAGAAUUCCACAAUUUUUUUGCGCAAUUAAUUGUUGCAGCUACAACACUAAUGGUUUUCGUGGAUUUUUUUCUCGCGAAAACAUUUUCGCGAAAUUUCGCAUCGUUAUCGCACUUUUUCGCUUUAUUCAUUUUCGCAAAAAAAUGCGAAAUUUCGCGAAAAAUUUUGCCAAUUGCGAAACGUUUUGUUCGCGGAAAGCCCUAUGCAGGAGUCCCAAAAUUAAACUUACGCCAAAGAGAGCAAAACUUUGUAUGGGGGCAAGAGAGAUGCCACAAAAAGUUAUCCCGAAAUGUUUAACCUUUUUGACGUUUAUUGGAUUCAGACAAACAAACAAACAAACAGCCAAGCAAAGUUUAUACAUUGAUAAAAGUUUCUCUGUUAGAAGUAAUGAGAUCUUAGAGAAAUAAUUUGUGAUUGACUAAUCAAUAAUCAUGCAAAACAGCUUUCAUCCUUUUAAAAAAUUUCCAUUUUAAAUGGAAGAUUAUAUUUACUGAAUUAAAACUGAUAAAAAAUGCGCCCACUGGAAACAUUUUCAACUAUUUACAUUUUAUUAAAUGUUAUUUUUCUAAAUGUAUAAGAAAGAAGUGGAUUUUGAUAUUAAUGCAAACUAUCAUCGGUUAUCUUUUGAUAUUAUCUUAUUUUCGAGUAAGCAGCAAAAUCCAAGAAUCAUAUUUUAACCAUAAUUGUUUUUUUUUUAUGUUUUUAAUCAAAAUAUUUGAUGAAUUCUGCACGUGUUUUGGAUUUGUUUAGAUGAAUUUUAUUUUAUUAUCACUGUAACCCCCCCCCCUGCCCCCCCUUUCCCUUAUAACCAUACCUUUUAGAAGAGGGGGUAGAUUAUGCUUUAACCCCCGGGGGUUUGACAUUUUUUCAGUAAUAACCUAGUCAUUAGGAUAUUUUUUUUCUCGAUUUUUGCGCAUUUUUUAAUCACCCAAGAAGAUAAGCUUAUCAAGAAAUCUGAUUUUAUUUUCAAAUGAGAGAUAAUGAUAUUUUAUUUUUAUUACGCAUCAUAAUUGUGCAAUGUGAAAUUUGUUGAAGUGCAAUGAAAUCUUAGUUGAAUUGUUUUAGUGAUGGUAUUUUUUCAAUUUACCCAUGUUAGGUUGUUUUUACGAUUUUCCUUCGUUUGUUAUAAAAUUAUUAGUUUAUGUUAUGAUUUAUCGUGUUAAUAAUGUAUCUCUAUUUAUGGGCAAUUAAUAUCUAUAUUGGCGCUUUAAGUCAAAUAUUUAAGUUAUUAUUUAUCUGAAUUGCAGGGGUAUUUAUUUUUUUUGAAAUCCUCCGGAAAAUUCAUUAAAUAUAAUUUUUCAUAUUUUGAAAAAAUCAAGUCCUGUUACUCUCGGCGGAUCAAUAUUUUGGUUAAAGAGUUAAUUUUUGAUAGUAAAUAUAUACCCCUGUAAUUAUGUUAAUAUCUUGUUUAGAAAAUGUGUUAUGAAAUGUGAAUACUAUGUAACCUAGUCCCGUCUGUGAUAUAAACUUUAUGCCAAACCAUUCCUGACAUUUCAGA